GUCGCGUCUCCGGAUCUAGAGGGAAGAACGGAUGAGAAUCGUCCCAGGAGCGGCAGCAACAGCAGUAACAACAAAGCAAAUAUAGCGCUAACCCUGUUGAAAUACUUCGGCUUCUGCAAGUUGCAGAUCGCCCUUGCCCUCCUCCCUCCGUCACUCCCUCAUCUCAACUUGGGCGCCUCUGUCGAUCUUUUUGGCCGGCUAAGGACAACCCCUCCCCGCCCUGACGUGUGAACGCGUCUCCUCCAAGCGGCACGGGCUCCUGUCCUGCUCCAGCGCCGGGUUUGCCGGCUUGAGCGGAGUCGCGGGCGCACCUGCCCACCCUGCCCACCCUGCCUCUGUGGGCCAUGUUGGACGGCCGGAAAAUGGAGGAGACUCUGCACGACGCGCUCGAGCCGCCUCCGCCGCAGCCGACCUCCCUCUCCUCCGUGCUGGGGGGAGCCCCGGCGCGGGCGCGCUCGGUGUGCGAGGGCUGCGGCGGCAUCAUCGCGGAGAGGUUCCUGCUGCGCCUCAACGAGCGCCUGUGGCACGAGCGCUGCGUGCGCUGCGCCGCCUGCCAGGAUCCCCUGCGAGGCACCUGCUUCUUCCGCGACCAGAAGCUCUACUGCCGCCUCGACUACGAGAAACUCUUUGCAGUGAAGUGUAGCAGCUGCUUUGAAGCCAUUGCCCCCAGCGAGUUCGUCAUGCGAGCCCAAAAAAGUGUCUACCACGUGGGCUGCUUCUGCUGUUGCGUCUGUGAGAAGCAGCUUCAGAAGGGGGACGAAUUUGUCCUGAAGGAGGACCAGCUGCUUUGCAAGAGCGACUAUGAGAAGGAGCGCGAACUCCUCAGCCUAGUGAGCCCAACUGCGUCUGAUUCUGGUAAAAGUGAUGAUGAAGGGAGCCUGUGCAAAAUGGGAGAUGGCACUGGGAAAGCAGCCGAGGAGAGCAAGGACCACAAGCGGCCGAAACGACCCCGGACCAUCUUGACGACCCAGCAGCGCCGGGCAUUCAAGGCAUCAUUUGAAGUGUCUUCUAAACCAUGCAGGAAGGUAAGGGAAACGUUAGCAGCCGAGACGGGUCUGAGUGUCCGAGUUGUUCAGGUCUGGUUCCAGAAUCAAAGAGCUAAGAUGAAGAAAUUAGCAAGACGACAGCAGCAGCAACAGCAAGAUCAGCAAACAACACAGAGGCUCACUUCUGCUCAGACAAACAGUGGCAACAACACAGGCCUUGAAGGAAUCAUGAACUCUUAUACCACCUUGCAACCACCUCCACAACAAGUAUUGGUCAUUGAUCAAAGUGUUUACAGCUCAGACCCCUUCCGGCAAGGGCUCACUCCACCACAAAUGCCAGGAGACCACAUGCACCCUUAUGGUUCUGAGCACCUUUUGUGUGAGAUGGACAGUGACGACACCUCCCUCAGCAACCUGGGCGACUGUUUCUUAACAACUGUGGAAGCUGGGCCCUUGCAGUCCAGAGUGGGGAACCCCAUUGACCACCUGUACUCCAUGCAGAGCUCCUACUUCACAUCUUGAGGCAUUUGAGGCUCUGAACAGACCAGGGCUGGGCUCACUGCAGGUGCCACCUGGAGAGAAGAAGAGGAAAGGAUUUUGAAAUGGCUAGCUUCGUUUCCCAUUUGAAAAAUUCAGCGGAAAGCAGGAACAUUUGUGAAGGAAGAAUUCAAAACUCCGUUCUCCUUUCGCGAACCCAUUUGUGGAACGACUUUUUGAAACUGAGUUUUAAAUUUUGAAGUGUCAAGGAAUGCAUGAAAGAAGACAAAAACUCUCCCCCCCCCUGUGUUUUAUUUAAGGCUGUCUUGAAGGCAAGUUGCAAAAAGCAGUACUUUAGGCUUAGACUAGAUAGGCAAGCAAUAUUUCCCACUUUGUACUUUGGGGCUGAAACAAAAGUUCCUCAUUUGGGUGGACUACCCUUCUGGGGAACAAAAAAACUUAGAUAAUUUUCAAUAAUUUGCACAUUUUGCAAUCCUUUUUGGCAACGUGGUUCCUUCUGGUGGUUUCUGCGGUUUCUGCAUUGCUAUCAUUUCUUCCUUGGUUGCUAUUUCUUUCUCCUUCCUGGAUUAAUCACAGAAGUGAACCCACCUUAUCAGAAUCACACAGUGAACAGGUUGAUAUCAGAAUGAAGUCAAUUAGAUCUGGGCAUGUGAGAGUGAGAGCAAUUUAAACUAAUAAAUGAACAUUAUUAUUAUUAUUAUUUUGCAAUGAGUGACAGAAAAUAAUUGACAUGGGAGGCAUUUUUGACACUGCCAAAAAAUGUAUGGGGGGAUGGGAAGGUUCAUGGUUUGUUCAUAUAGCUAUCAAUUUGGUGCCUGGCAAGCAUGUGUGUCAAGGUGUUUGAGUGUGUUCAUGUAAGGGCGUGUGCAUUUAUAUACAAGAUACAAGCGCACCUAAUAUUGCAUCAGGUUUAUCCCUAAUGAUAGAAAAGUUCUGUACAGCAAA